CCUAAACACAUUCGCGCAGUUACGUGUGAUUAUUUGUGUUUGCUAAUUUUGCCCGUGUUUUGGAGGAAUUUUCACCAUAUUUCGCCAAAUUGUGACUCUUAGAUUUGAGGCCUACAUCGACUCUAAAUCAAAGUCUGUCGUCUUUAUAAUGCCAUGAAAACAUGACAUCUAGACCGCCACGACGAUCCACUCCUUCGAUUGUUAGUCAACACUCACAGGGUUCUCUGCAGAGCUGGACCGAUGACUUACCUGUCUGCCGUCACUCAGGGAUCGGAUACUCUAACAAUCAGGUCUAUAGACAAGAUGGAGCCAGAAGCGAAGAUCAUGAAUAUGAAGACAAGUUCUUUCAUUUCAGGACGGAACAAGAUGACUACUUGUAUGCCAUAUUUGAUGGAUAUGAUGGUACAUACGCCCCAGGGUUUGCCCAUCAAGGCUUGCCUGCAGAACUGCUCCUGGGUCAGCUGAGUUCAGUACAUGAUGAUGCUGAAGUGAAACGCAUCCUGCUGAGGGCCUUCGUGACGGUGGAGCGGGGUUUAUUCGAGUCUCUGGAUCACGUCGUCGCUGAGAGAGCUAAUCUUAAACUCUCCCUCCCUGAUGAUGUGAGUGACUAUGAGCUCUUCCAGAAGUACCCAGAACAGAUGGAGAAAUUCCAUUCAAUGACGGCAGAUAUCAGCGGGGGAACGUCAGCCAUUGUAGCUCUGAUUCAUGUUAAUAAGCUCUUUGUAGCGAAUGUAGGUGAUUCCAGAGCACUUCUCUGCACCCUGGAACCAGACAACACCACUAAGGUAAGACAGCUGAGUGUGGACCACACCACCAACAAUCAAGAUGAGCUUCUGAGACUGAGUCAGCUAGGUCUAGACACCAAUACCGUACAGUCUAACAAGCUGCUUGGAGAUAAGAUGGCUACCAGGACGAUCGGUAACCACACGGUCAAGGGAGGAUACAAGGAGAACACACUGCUAUGCAAAGCUUCAAGUGAACCCAUCCUAGCUGAACCUGACAUAAUAGGUGGCUUGGAUGUGACCAACAUGACUGGAUUCCUGAUGAUGUACUCCAAUGGUCUCAGUCAGUCACUCAUUGAAGCUACGGGCACCUCUCAAGCCAACCUGGACCUAGCUUACAUGGCCAUGGCUGAGUUUGAGGUCCAGGCGACCUUAAGCGGUGUUGCGCAAGCUGUUGUUGACAAAGUAGUCCGAAGGCAUCACGACACUUACCUGUCGGAAGGGGGCCGCAUGGCCAUCUGUCAGAAACGAGACGACAUCACUCUCAUCGUCCGCAACUUCAAUUUCCCGUUGGGGAAUCGCAUGUCCAGCCCUGCACCAGCAGCCCCGUACACUUCUGUAUCAGCACCGUUUUCUCCCCAAGUACCGCAGGGUUCGCCGCAACCUCCAAGACUCAUGAUCACAACACCCAACAGAACCCGCACAGACUCUCAAAACUCAUUGAUGACACCGCUGUACAUCCAGGUUGACAACAAUGUUGUAUCCCCCAUCGACCAGCAACGCUCUCCUUUUGGACGGAUAAUUGGUGAUCUGACCCCUCAGCCGGGGAUUCCCCCGCCUAAUUUCGAUGAAUUACAGCACACACCCCGCCCUACCUACGCUGAAGAAGAGGAUGAGGUUCAGGCGGAGAACACGGAGGAAGAUACAGAGAACACUCGGACAUCAAGCUGUACAGAUUCUACUAAUCCUAGUACAGAGGAAUCUCAGAGGGUCUUUGAUUUCAAUGGGCGUGAAGCCAAGGCAAAGGUAGAUGAGAAUGGCAUGAUUGAUCCGUAUGUUGAUUUCACAGACUUCUUUCAAGCAUAUAAAAAUAUGUGCCCUGAUCCCUCCAUGUCUUCCUCCUGAGUGAAUUCUAGGAUAUAGAACUAUAUUGCACUGGAUAAUAUCCGUUUAUCACCGACAGGAAUUGGGUGGUUCCUAUACAGAAUACAAAUAUACAAAAUAUAUUAAUGGCUUGGAUAUAUGCACUAAAGAGAUUUAUGGAUAUAUGUACAUGUACAUCCCAUGGAGUGGGGAUCUUGAUUCUUGUGCACUGUCUGGAAAUAUCAUCACUGCAUUCAAUGCAAUACCACCUCGAAACCUGUUGUCUGAGGCAUUUCUAGGCAUGUCAGACGUAAUGGCAGCUAAUAUAUUCAUGGAAGGUUAUUUUUUAAAUAUAUUACAGAUCAAAUGUAAAUCUGAUAUUGGAAGGUAUCCUUCUGGGUCCAUCAAUUUUUGUAAAAAAAAAAAAUCAUGGAUUCAAUUUUACAAAUUUUUACCCUGUUGCUUGUUGCUUGCAAAAUGUUGGUUACAACAAAUAUAGAUACAUGUAAAAUAUGUCUGCAAAUAUAAACAACUCACAUGUACUAUGGAGUAGACUUACAUUAGUAAUGUAGGCUUUCCUGUUUGGAGCCAGUUGGGCGUUAACUCAUGUCAUUUUACAGUUAAUUCCCUUCUCGCUCCAGACAAAUGAUAUGUAUUCUGCUUAAUUUGAUUAUGCAAAUUGAUUGUGAUAAUUUGUAAAUAUAGAUCUGCAUUUGGUGUUAAUGAGAAUACUUUAAUAACAUUGGUGCGUUUAUAGCUGCUAUGUCCUGCGUAAAUGCAAUAAGUUUAAUAAGAAUUUAAUCUACAUGCAUGCAUUCGGUCAUUGUCUACAAUCAUGACUAUUUUUUGUCAACUGUUGACUUAGACCAGCUUAUUCUACCUGAUGCACUCAAUGUUGGUAAUGUUUUUUCGUCCAUCUAAUAAUUCACAAUCCAUACUGCACCAGUUCUCUGCUUCUCUAGACUUUGACAACAAUUUCUCAUAUCAAGUACAUUGUACAUAUUGAUAAAAUAAAACUUGAACUUGAACUUGAACUUAUUAAAGUCAACUUUAUAGAGGUCCAGGUUGUUGAAGUCGGAC